AUCGCCGAACUCGAUCGGCUUUCGACUUGAAAGUCUUCCCACACAGCACAUGGCGACACUACACGAGAACUGGAUAUGUUAUGAAGUGGAGCGGAAUAGUUUUAUUACCGUUUGCUAGUUUCUGGAAUAUAUAUAUAUAGAUUUUGUUUUUACAAAAGUCAAAAUGUCGCAGUUACAGGCGAGGUUCUUCACAGAAGACCAAAGGUAUGUUGUAGAUGACGUCCCAUUCUCCAUCCCAGCUGCCUCUGAAGUCCAGGAUCUUAGUAACGUAAUCAACAAGCUCCUGGAAGCAAAGCAUGCAUCUCACAGUAGGGUGGAGUUUGACUUCCUGGUCAAGGGUCAGUUCCUGCGAACCCAGCUGGCCCCUCACAUGGAGACAGAGGGAAUAUCAACGUUUGAUACCAUCAUGCACGAUGACUGGAUCAGCUCCGUGGAGGCGGACAGCGAGUGGAUCCUAACAGGAUCGUAUGACAAGACAGCCAGGAUAUGGUCUUUAGAAGGGAAGGCGGUGACGACAGUGGCUGGACACUCUGACGUUGUGAAGGAUGUUGCCUGGGUCAAAAGGGACGGCCUGACCUCCCUGCUCCUGACUGCGUCUCUGGUAACCCGUCCUGCUGUAAUAGCACACCUGAGAAGAACCGCAGCCGUUUUGAUACACUGUUGCCGGGGACACACAGGAAGCGUCGACGCCAUUUCCACAGACCCCACAGGCUCUAAGUUCUGCAGCGGCUCCUGGGACAAAAUGUUGAAGAUCUGGUACCAUAAAAUGGCGCUGAAGUUGACUCCGGACGGAAUAGUGUCCUCCGUCUUGUGGUGCGACAGCGAGGAAGUGUGCAGUGCAUCCUGGGACCACACCAUCCGAUUGUGGGAUGUGGAAGCCGGAGUCAUGAAGACCACGCUGUCGGGCAGUAAAGUGUUCAACUGCAUCUCCUACUCCCCUCUGUGUCGACGGCUGGCCUCAGCCAGCACCGACCGACACAUCAGACUGUGGGACCCUCGCACCACAGACGGAACGCUGGUGCUGUUGUCGCUGACGUCCCACACCGGCUGGGUCACCGCAGUCAAGUGGGCGCCUUCCCAUGAGCAUCAGCUCAUCUCCGGUUCCCUAGACAACCUGGUCAAACUCUGGGACACCAGGAGCUGCAAGGCGCCGUUGUACGACCUGGCAGCUCACGAGGACAAAGUGUUUUGUGUGGAGUGGACAGACAGCGGGCUGAUGUUGAGCGGCGGCGCAGAUAACAAGCUCUACACCUACAGAUACUCAGGCGCUCGGACAGAUGCAGGGGCGUAGGCAGACAUCGGCCAUCUUGUUUCCGGAUCCUGGUUGUUUUACGCAGAUUUUCCUUCGAUUUAAAUGUCUCCCUCUGAGCCAAGCAGAGUAUAAAUUAAUUUUCCUUCCUAAAAUGUGUCGACUUUAAUUCAAGUAUUUGGUGGAAAUUUUUAGUUUACAAAAGAGAAAUAAAUCUAAAGUUAUGUACAAGUGUUGUCUACAUGUAAAAAAGGUAUUUGUUAUUAAAACAUUUUUGUUUUUUUGUUUUUACCGAUGAAGCCUUUGAACAUGCAUUUGUAUUUAAUCCCUUUAGCAAUUAAUAAUGCAAUUACAAGUUUAAACAUCUGCUUUUUACAUCUAGAAUUUUUCAGCUUUGAUCAUUUUUCUUUGCAAGAAGACAUCAAGCUAAGUAAAUCUAGCUCGCUUCAGAUAACAUUCACAUACUAUUGGUUGGAUUGUGGAAUGUGUAGAGCAUUUUGAAUUAAGCUAAAAAAAAAAAGAAAAAAGAACUAAAAUUCUGGUCUGGUCAUGCAUUGUGACCUUAGUGGAUGUAAUGUCAAAUGGUGUGAAAAUGUUACAAUUCUCUUAAAUAAACCAAAUUUUGGUGGUUGUAACAUAGAAAUGGAAAGCAUUCAAGGAAUAUCUGUGGUUUUGCCAGGCACUGUAAUUUUAUUACAUACACAGAAAAUAAUAUGUAAAAAAUAAUUUAAUCUCUAGGUCAAUUAAGAAGGUUUAUGCCAGUAUUAGUUUCCUAUUAGGAAAUGUCUCACCUCUUGAGCUUCCUCAUGUUUCUUGUCUUGUGGGUAAGCCUUUCCUGCUCAGACUGGUUUGGCAACCGGGACUUGCCACUCUUUACCUUCCCAUAACACUGGCAUGUGCUAUUUUAUCUGCAUCGAGACGUUUCCCUAUUUAUAACACUUAAUUUAAGUCUUGUGAGAAACUUUAAUGCAUCUUAGCAAACAAAAGGUGAACUUGUUACGUCGUUCGCGGCUUUUAUCACAAUAGACGAUCUUCGACGGAAUCUGACGAACAGUGUCCCCUCGUGGUCAUUCGCCGGCAUUGCAGCGCGUGUGCAUAUCCUGUUUCUCUGACUCAGAGGAUGAUGGCUAUCGGGAGAGGAGGUUAGCCGAGCUGGUCUGCAUAGAUGCUCGCGCCGCUGGCCAACACUACGAGGAAG